CAGGGUGGCUCCAGGAUGUUAGGGACUGUGAAGAUGGAAGGGCAUGAGAGCAGCGACUGGAACAGCUACUACGCGGACACACAGGAGGCCUACUCCUCCGUCCCCGUCAGCAACAUGAACUCGGGCCUGGGCUCUAUGAACUCCAUGAACACCUACAUGACCAUGAACACCAUGACCACGAGCGGCAACAUGACCCCAGCUUCGUUCAACAUGUCCUACGCAAACCCGGGCCUGGGCGCCGGCCUGAGUCCGGGCGCCGUGGCUGGCAUGCCGGGAGGCUCCGCGGGCGCCAUGAACAGCAUGACGGCGGCGGGCGUGACGGCCAUGGGAACGACGCUGAGCCCGGGAGGCAUGGGCACCAUGGGCGCGCAGCCCGCGGCCUCCAUGAACGGCCUGGGCCCCUACGCGGCUGCCAUGAACCCGUGCAUGAGCCCCAUGGCGUACGCGCCGUCCAACCUGGGCCGCAGCCGCGCGGGGGGGGGCGGCGACGCCAAGACUUUCAAGCGCAGCUACCCGCACGCUAAGCCGCCCUAUUCCUACAUCUCGCUCAUCACCAUGGCCAUCCAGCAGGCGCCCAGCAAGAUGCUCACGCUAAGCGAGAUCUACCAGUGGAUCAUGGACCUCUUCCCCUAUUACCGGCAGAAUCAGCAGCGCUGGCAGAACUCCAUCCGGCACUCGCUCUCCUUCAACGACUGCUUCGUCAAAGUGGCGCGCUCCCCAGACAAGCCGGGCAAGGGCUCCUACUGGACGCUGCACCCGGACUCCGGCAACAUGUUUGAGAACGGUUGUUACUUGCGCCGCCAGAAGCGCUUCAAGUGUGAGAAGCAGCCGGGGGCCGGGGGCGGCAGCGGGAGCGGGGGUGGCGGCGGCGGCGCCAAGGGCGGUCCUGAGAGCCGCAAGGACCCCUCGAGCGCCGCCAACCCCAGUGCCAACUCGCCCCUUCAUCGGGGCGUGCACGGGAAGGGAGGCCAGCUAGAGGGCGCGCCGGCCCCCGGGCCGGCUGCCAGCCCCCAGACUCUGGACCACAGCGGGGCGACGGCGACAGGGGGCGCCUCGGAGUUGAAGACGCCAUCCUCCUCGGCUGCGCCCCCGAUCAGCUCCGGGCCCGGGGCGCUGGUAUCUGUGCCCCCCUCCCACCCGGCGCACGGCCUGGCUCCCCACGAGUCCCAGCUGCACCUGAAAGGGGACCCCCAUUACUCUUUCAACCACCCUUUCUCCAUCAACAACCUCAUGUCCUCCUCGGAGCAGCAGCACAAGCUGGACUUCAAGGCAUAUGAGCAAGCACUACAGUACUCGCCCUAUGGUGCUGCGUUGCCCACCAGCCUGCCCCUCGGCAGCGCCUCGGUGGCCACCAGGAGCCCCAUCGAGCCCUCAGCCCUGGAGCCGGCCUACUACCAAGGUGUGUAUUCCAGACCCGUCCUAAACACUUCCUAGCUCCCUGGGACUGGGGGUUUGUCUGGCAUGGCCAUGCUGGUAGCAAGAGAGAGA